CAUCAUAUUUGUGAGGUUAUGGCGCUGGACGGAACGUCGUUAGGUCGGGUUUGUAGGAAUAAUCUCCCGAAACCGAAAAAAUAAAAAUAUUUUGUCCCCCUUUCCUGCGAACAAAGUAUCCAAAGAGAGAGUCGAAAAAAUGUUUGAAGGUGCAGUUGCCGCUUUUCUCAAUCGCUUAUUGGGAAGAUAUGUCGAGGACCUCGAUACAGAACACUUCAAUGUUGGAAUAUUCUCGGGUGAAACUUAUCUGACAGACUUGAAACUAAAACCAGAAUCACUGUAUCAGCUGGGCUUGCCGAUUCGUGUUGAAAUCGGUAUUAUCGGCAAAGUAUCGUUAAAAAUACCGUGGACGGGUCUAUUUACGCAACCAAUCAUCCUGUCGAUCGAGGACAUUUACAUCGUUGCUGUACCUGCUACAUCGGGCAGAUACAAUCAUGAAAUACAAAAAAGGCUCACGAGAGCUGCAAAAAAAAAAAUACUCGAAGAUCUCGAGGGCGAGGGAUUACUCGGACCAGGCCUUCCAUCAAAUGUCCUAGAUAGUUUGAUGCUAUCGGUGGUGAAGAAUUUUCAAAUAACAGUCAACAAUGUUCAUAUAAGAUAUGAGGAGAGCUUUGCAGAUCGACACGUCGCCUGCGGACUGUGUGUGCAAAGUUUUUCUAUGGCUACAACGAAUAAUAAAUGGAAACCCGGCGUUACACCGGUAACAGCAACCUCUGUUUAUCAAUUGAUAAGAGCUGAGUCGCUAAGCCUCUACAUGGAUCCUGAUGCGGAACCUUCGUUGCCAAACUAUCCUGAAAAAUGGGAAUUCUCAAAUCUUCUUGAAUGGAAAACGAUAAUGAAUCGUUCGCUACAAAUUUUUGGGAUGAACAACAAAGAUUUUCACUUCCUAAUCAAGCCCUUCACUACCAAGAUCAAAGUUAUUGUCAAUAAAAGCAGCGAGGGACAAGUUUCUCGCAUGUUAGUUGAUGUUGUACUCCAAGAUGUUGCUAUGCAAUUGUCCGAUGAUCAAUUUGCAGCUUUGUGUCGGCUCUGGGAAUCAUAUAAACAAGGAUCUACAGAAAGAUCCAAACUUCACAACAAAAACCAUCCGGUAGUGAGAGUGAGCGAAGAUUGCAGAGUUUGGUGGAAAUACGCUUACAGCGCUGUUCUUGAGUAUAACAUAAAACCCUACACUUGGGAAUAUGUGCAAAAACAUAGGAAAAAUUACAAAUUGUAUAAAGAGACGUUCAUGCAUACAUUGCUACGUCCAAACGAUACGGAGCUCAAACUAGAUCUACAGAAAUAUGAGGAUAAUCUUACACCGUUGAAUAUUAUUAUUGCUCGUGAACAUGCAAAAAUUGACCUUAAAAAAAAAGCACCAGAGUGUGUAAGUGUGGAGGCUGGUCAAGGCUCGAACAUGAGAUUGAUCGUUAAUUGCGAAAAGAUUCCGGAUAACUUGGUUCAAUCCGCAAGCCCUGAGUGUAAAAAACCCACUGCUAUCGCCACCAACGACCUGGAAAAUAAAUUCAAAAUAGACAAAAUCCCAAAGCAUAUUGAUCGGAAGUACAAUUUUACUCUAGCCAACUGGUCGUUGAGUCUCUUUAGCAACGAUCACGAAAUUUUCGUAAUGACCGUUACCCAAUUUCUGGCGAGCAUUGAAACGCGUCCAGAAUUAUUUGCCUACAAAAUAUCUGCACGGGCUGAGAGUUUCGUUAUCGAGGGAGUAUCCGCUGAUGGGGAUUUGAUACCUCUCGUUACCGCUGAUAAUAUUCUAACGGGCAACGUUUAUGCUAAUUUCCUAGCAAUUGACUUCGAGAAAAAUCCAUCCACUGCCGAUUUCAAUUACGAUAUAAAUAUCAGACUGGAGGCGUUUGAAGUUACUUAUCAUGGGCAUGCUGUUCGUGAAAUUGGCAUGUUUUUUAAACGCAACAAGUCACACGUCAAACAUUUUACACUGAGCAUUCACGAAUUGUAUCGAAGUACCAAGGACAUUCUGGCGAACCUAAUUAAAUCCAUUGUGUCAAGAAGAUUGAGAAUUCAUUUGAAAUUGGAUAUCAAAGGACCGUACAUUGUUUUUCCGGAGCUCAAUUCACUGCAAGAAGGCGGAAAUAUUUUACUGGUCGAUCUCGGUAGAAUGACUUUUAAGAGUGAAUUGCAAGCUGUCGACGUCCAGCUUGAGGAUGCGACAUUGAUGGAAUUGGAGGAAUUAUUGUACGAUCGCAUCCACUUAGUUUGGACCGAUGCCCAAGUAUUGAUUUCUCACUCAGGCGACGAAUGGCGAGAAUCUCGAAAAUUGAAAGACUCGGAAAGUCAUUUGAUACCUAAAAUUCAAGCCAAUGUGACUCUGUCGUGUAGUAUAAAACCUGAUUAUCGUUUAUUGCCAAGACUUAAAUUGAACGUUUCAUUUUCCAACAUAAAAUUCAAUCUCUCGAAAGGCAAGUUAUGGCACGUUUGUGUUUUUCUCAAUAAAAUGUGGAUCCCGAGGAUCGAAGACAUCGAAGAGUUUCGAAUGAGCCUAAUGAGAGUACGCGAAGAAACGAUCGAGAAUAUUCUCAUAACCUCGAAGGAGUUAAUGCGCGUAAGAUCGAUCAUAACUUUGUCCUCAUUCAUAAUGGGACGUGAAAAAUCCGAAUACCGUACAAGCACCAUUCCUACCUGUACGGUUACGGAAUCCGUAAGAAGUGUUAUAUCUUCGGAAUUCAGUGAAGAGGAUUUGGAACAAUGGAUGAGAUCUUUGAAUUUAUCAGGUUUCGACGACAAUAUAUCGCCGCACAACCACGUCGAUCUAUUACUUCGAAUCGUCAUCGGGGAAUUGUCGUUUCAUGCCGUUACUACAUCGGACGGUCGUGAAAAACCGUACUUGGUUCUAAGACUUUGCACAAUGUAUUUCGAAGCUGCAUUAAUGGAAUACGGACCCGCGUUUCAAUUCGGCGUUGGAAGCAUUGUCCUAGCCGAUAAAACGAAUGCAGGAAUAACAGGGUCUUAUCUCGAGCUUAUAUCCACUGACGGAUCUUACGACGUCAUCAGUGCCUCAUACCGAAAAGUUAAAGCUAACUGCCCUGAUUUUAAAUCGCACUUCAGGAGCAUCGAACAAUCACUCGUACUGAACAUUACGAAUUUGAACAUCGUUUUCCAUCGUCAAGCUUUUCUCAAAUUGAAGCAUUAUUGCUCGAGCGUGAUGACAUUGCGUUAUGCCAAGAUUUACGACGUGUGGUCUGUUGUACGAUACGGAAUGGGAUUCUUCAAAAAGAGUGUGGAGUGCGAUCCACCUGUACCACCAGGUGCAAUCAAAUUGAGUUACUCAGCCCGCUUAAAUUCUUUCGUUCUCCGAUUAUGUGACAAGGAUUCAGAUUUCUUUGAAAUGAAAAUAAUCGGUGCCGAGAGCGACUGUGUUUACAACGCCAAUCAGCGAAUGAUUCUCAGAGUACACUUGCGUGGUUUAACGAUCGAUGACUUGAGAGAUAUAACUUUGUACCCCAAGGCAAUGACGACCGACGAAGACGGAGUAUUUGAUUUGAAAUACGUGAGACAUUCUCCGAAACUCUAUUCGUGUUCCGACAUUGGGAGUAGCCCCGACGAUGUCAAAUCCGACGGAUCAUUCAAGCUUUCCGUUGGUAAAAUAAACUGCGUUUUACAUUCGGAGAUGUUGAUUCAGUGCCGGUACUUCAUGCAACCGUUUGAACGUUUGUUCGCCGCUUUGCCAAUCGAAAAAGUAAAAAUUAUGGUACUCAAGGCAAUAGAAGAAUUUCGCACGAGUUCAACGAAACUACACUUAUCCAUCGACAUACAAGGGCCUACAUUACUUUUUCCUCAAAAUCGGGACAAUCCGAGCGUCCUCGUUUUCGACAUGGGUAUACUGACCAUUGAAAAUUUUUUCAAAAAUAAUGGAAAGCCUCGUAAUUCUGAAGAUUCGAGUAGUGUUGAAACUCAUGUUUCUAUCAUUGAUAAUAUUUUAAUAAAGCUCACGUCAAUGACAAUAUCGAGAGCCAUUAUGACGCUGGCCGGAGUUCUAAAAAUGCAGGAGCCUAUCGUUGAGCCCAUACAAAUUCGAUUGGACGUGAAAAGGAAUACCGAGUUUCGUAGCAUGUUGGGUUUUCAAACUUUCGGUUUGUUCGAGAUGCAUGGAUCGGUUGACAGUCUUCUGAUAAAUCUGGGACAAAAAGAUUUCGCGUCCAUCGUCAAUAUAUGGGAAGAAAAUAUAACAAAAAUUUAUCCCGAUUGUGAUGGGACGAUCGUCAGUGUCGAAAAUACGAGUAAAUCAAACGCCGCGAGAUUCAACAUGGAUGAAGCCAUGGUAAAAAAGCUUGAGGCUUUUUUGAGCCAGGAAGAACAACCAAUCUGCGAAAUUUCUAUGAAAUUAACUCUUGAUGGCUUGCAAUUAAAUCUCUUCUCCGACACGGACGAGGUAUUGAGUUCACCAGUUCGGGAUUUGAACAAUGGUUUAGGAAAAUUGACAUUCGGUGAGAUCGUCUCGUACUUUGAUCUCUACAGUAAUCGAAGCAUGACUGUUAAAGUAUCGCUGCGAACCUGUGUAUUGGAAGAUACGCGCAAAGAAGCUGCCGUCAUAAGGAAAAUCAUUCAAUCGCCAGCGAAAUCGGCAGGAAUGAAUUUCGAGUCGUGUGUUUCGGUGUCGGAGCCUCCGGUAUUCGACUUCACCUUUACGCAAGCUCCGACAGGCGACCGUUGUAUCGAUAUGCUCGUCGAGGAGACGAGAGUCAAUCUUUCGAUACCGUUUUUCUUGCAUUUGACUAGAUAUUUCGUCGACUCGUUGCCACAUGAAAAAAUCGAGCAAGGAGUCGUCAACGAUGCUUUUGAGGAUCACGCGGUGUGCGUCCAGAGAGAUACGGAAAAUGCACAAGAUUCUCAAGAUAUGCCAGGUACAUCCGUUUCGAUUCGUGUAAGAAAACCGGAAAUACUUAUUUUCGCUGAUCUCAGAGCCAGCAACGCUCAUGCAAUAUUGAUACAAGCGGAAUUGGCGGUUGAAAGCAGUCAGCACGUAGGUUCAUCUUCAAUCGUAUUUUCCCUAUCGAACCUUCUUGCAAAGAGCAAAAGCCAGGAGCGAUAUCGUCGACAAUUGCCACAAUGGGUAUUGCGUCCUUGCGAUGUUGAAAUAUCCAUCAAAGAAAUUGAGACUGAAAAUCGUGUUCAAAUGAACGUUGAUAUUAAUUCUAUUAAUAUUCAUAUAUCACCGGGAAUCGUUUACACAUUGAACGAGAUAAUAAAAGAAGCUUCAGGAAUUUUCAACUUGAUGGAUAGUAAAUUUGACACGGUCGAUUGUAAUCAAAACUCCGGAAACCAUAUCGAUUUGUGGUCGCCAAAAAAAGUAUUUGUGGUACCGUGUAAGGAAAGUAUCCCAUAUGCACCGAUGAAACGCCGUUUGUCGAUUGAUCGAUCGAACCACGUACAAGUAUUCAACUUUAAACCUGUGCCAAUACAUAUAUUGCUCGAGAUGGAGGACACGAUUGAGAGGAUACCAAUGAUCAAAGCCGAACUGGAAAUCGGUGGCACGUAUAACGCAGUGGACGAAAGAUUUCAGAUAGAAUCGAGCAUAAAAAUUCAUGCUUUCUGUUACAAUCCGAGUCGAGGUAAUUGGGAGCCUCUGAUUGAACUAUCGACGAAGGAUGACAUGGCCUAUAAUUCGUGGGAAUUGUCCAUAAAGAUGUAUCACGCUGAAGCGUACAGAUUGGGUUCUUGUUGUCCAGUCUUCACAAAUCAUAUAAAAAAGAGUGCCAGUACUCCAAAACGAAAGAAAGGAGAAGCAAUCGAUAGCGAGGAUGAUUUUAAUGAAGACAUGAUAUUUAUUCGUCCAGAUGUCACCAUGUGUCCGAAGAGUAAUCACUCCGACUACGCCUUCGAUCACGAGGACGAUUCUGACUCAAACGACGACGAAAAUUCCGAAAAAUUAGCUAGGACUUUUAGUCAUUUAUUCACUAAGGAUGAUAGUGAAGAAGAGGACAACGAUUCGGAUGCAUCCAGCAUAUACGAGGACGAAGGACUGGAACUCACACCUGAGCACGUUGUAGAAACGAAUGGUUCGGCUGAAGUAAAUAACACCCUGGUUGACGGCGAUCCUCUCACAACGUAUGUAAUCAUCAGUGCUGACAAAAGGAUCGAUUUCACGAUAACCCCAAACACGAUUUCCAUUCUGGAAACGGUCCUCAACACAUUCACGAAAAGUCGUGCCGGUAUACCAAUAGUCGUUACUAAUGCUGGGAAACUCGUUCUCAACAAUGAAAUUGGUCAUCCAAGUCGAAUAGAACUGCGCGUUGAAGAGACGACUGGCAACGAAAACAAAUCACGAUUAAUAAUAGCUCGUGAAUAUCGUACGACUGAAUCGCCUGUCAGUGUACCGAGCAGCCCGGAAACUCAAGUCUUCCCCGAUUCAGAUGAAACGAGCCAAUUUAUGACUAUCGAGAAUAGUUUUAAUGAUCAGGUUGAAAAUAAUCGUGAGAAAUUACUCAAUUCCCCGAUUAUGUUUACCGACAAUUCGCCAAUGACGAUUUAUCGAAAUUUGACGGAGGAAAGCCUAAAAAUAUUCAUCGAUGGUUUCGGCGAGACCCUUCUUUAUUGCCCAAAAUGGCAAGGCUACAAACUUGUAUCUCUCCGACCAGCAAAACACGAGGUUCGAUAUCAUUUGAUCGUCGAAGUUUCAACCGAUCAUCACUUGCAUCGAACCAUUACAGUUCGAUCACCGCUUCAGAUCCGCAACGAAACUUCUUACGCUCUUGGACUUUAUUACAAAAAACAAUUGGUCGAAAAGCUUCAGCUUCCUCAUGUCGGCGAGGCCCUCAAUCCUUUUGAUGAUAAUAUGAGAAUUGCGGUCAUAGAGCCUCACGACACGUACAAUGUUCCUCUUUACAUUACUUAUCAUUUUCCCAUUCACAUUUUGCCAGUGCAUUCGGAGAAAUUUCAAGUGAGCGAUCGAGGAAUGUGCUGGCGCGAAUUGAGCGAGAAUAUUAACGUUCCCAAAGACAUUUACUGUAUUUCGAAGGAGGAAAAUUGUAAUUCUGUGUUUGGCGUCAAAGUUUCUUGCGCAGAGAGCCCAAAAUUCGUGCGAACGAAUUGUCAGGUGCCUCAAUAUCUCAUCACUAUUGUGCCACCUUUGUCUUUUGACAAUAAGCUACCAUUUGUCAUUGACAUCAACGUACCCUCGAUCGAGUACGACGUAAGAAUCGAGCCUGGUGAAAGAAUCAACGUUUAUUCUCUGAAAUGCGAUAGCGAUUCUUCGGUGAUUUUCAAGAUCCAAAAUUAUUUGGGAACCCAGUGGACCGGAACGUUCAAAUUAAAUAGCGAACUCGAGAAGAAGUUCGUCAAAAUGUUCGCCGAUAGUGAAUCUGAUGCCAUAAAACCAUUCGUCCUUUGCGUCGAGUUGAACAAAGCAACCAGUUGGACCGUCGUUAUUUACGCUCAAUAUUGGAUCAUCAACAAGACCGGCCUAUCAUUGCAGAUACAAGAAUCACUUUCCAAUACGGUGGACAUACCCGGUGAAGAGUUGAUAGUAUUUUCGCAAAAGAAGAACCGAAAAAAAAUGAUAAUGUUGAAAGCUCACCAAUCGGAUUGGUCAUUGCCGUUCAAUCUCGAUUCUAUAAGCUCAAUGUCACUGAUAGCGUGCAAAGAUCUUGAAAGAAAGCGAAAAUAUCGAAUCCUCGCUGAAAUAGCAACAUCAAAUUUGUCACCAUUGUUCACGAAAAUUGUGACAUUUUUGCCCUAUUUUUAUAUUAAAAACGAUACCAAAAGAACACUGAGAUUUAUGGAAGAAAAUGAAGAUGCUGAUUUGUGGAACGAUCUUUUGCCUGGACAAGGUAUAGCUUUUUGGCCCUAUACCGAAUCCAUGAGAAUGCGAUUGAAGUGGAAAAGCAGUCAGUUGGUUUCACAACAUUUUGACGUUACGAAAUUCGGAAAAAUCGUACUACGAAUGGAAAAUGGAUCAGCUCUUUGCGUCGAUGUUUCCGGAGGAAAUAACUCACCUUUCAUCGUGACCUUUCAAAAAUAUCAACCUGGUGACGCACCCGUCAGAGUGGACAACCUCUGUGACGAUUUAUUCUUGAAAAUGAAUCAGUUGAAUCUCGGUCAGGUCGCACUUUUGAGCCCUUUUCAAAGUAUACUCUAUACUUGGGAUGAUCCUGCGGAAAAUCGAGAACUCGUUUGGAAUGUUUACAACAGUAAAACUAAGGGCUACUCGGCACAAUUUCACACGGACGGAUACGGCCAAGAAGUUGUAACAUUUCGCACUCUUCGUCGCUCUCCCCUGACUCCGAUAGUGAAAAAAUUAUCUCAAGACGCUCGACUCUCGACGUCGGCGAAUUCAAUGUCCGGUUGCAGUAGCAGCGACGACACGGAUAGCGAAGCCGACAACGAGUCGCCGAAUGUCGAGAAAGUUCGAAAAAACCGAGCCGUCGUUUAUUGGAUCAGCUACAUGGAGAAAACUCAACGUGUUUUACUUUUUACCCAGGACGAGAAUAUAUUCAUCAAAGCAAAGAGUAUAGUCGAUCCGGAAUGCAGCAGGAGAGAAAUAUUUUUGGCCCUUGCUGGCAUUGGCCUCAGCGUUGUCGUAGAAUCGCCUUCAUUGGAUAACAAAUGUCGUGAGCUCACCUACGCAUGCAUCGAUGAAUCAGCCGCUCACUGGGAAGUUGACAUUGGUAAACGAUGGAAAACCCUUACUUUGGAAUUGAGCGCUUGGAUGGAAGACAAAUACAAGAGCUUGUCGUCGGAGGCCCAGUUUGAAAAUUUUAUAGAUGUAAACUUCAAAAAGAUGCACAUGACGAAGCCAUUCUUUGGGAAAUUGCGACGUACUUAUUCACCAGGUGUUUGGCUACACGUACGAAAGUCUCAUACACUUACUUACGUUCAAGGAUAUAUACAUAGAAUUCAAAUCGACAAUCAAAAUCACGAUGCCGUAUUUCCAAUAAUUUUGAGGCCUGGUUCGAAGAAAUGUUUUACCAAUCAUUCAGGAAAUCCACGAUUAAAACAUUGCGUAGAAUUUUCUCUGCUGAAGCAGACAAAAGCUACUUACGACGUGUACAAAAGAAUCAAUUUAGUCAUCAGAGAAAUUCAUUUAGAAUUACAAGAAGACUUUUUAAUACAACUAAUGGAGGGCCUGUUUUCAAAAAAAAUUGAAACCAAGCACUCGAUCGCUUCGAGGCUCAAAUCUGAUUUAUCUAAUUUCUAUGUUCCUCUGCCUGGUGCGAGUGAAAAGUUACCUGAGAUUAGGAGAAAAACCGUGCUGGAGUAUUUGCACGUAUCUCCGAUAAAGUUGCACGUCAAAUUAUUAGCUUCAGCAGAAGCUCAGACAAUGAGAUCGAAUCCAGACGAUUAUUGCAACGUUAUCAAAUCCAUAUUCGGAUACGCUUGCAACGGAACAUUUUUAAAGUGCGCUGAAUUCAGAUUACCUUACUUCGAGAAGAGUGGUGUAACGAUUGACAAUACAGAAUUAUUGUUAGAAUUAUGGCAGAAUUAUAAAGCGGAAAUGAAGCAUCAAUAUAACGUGCUGGUUCUUUCGAUGACAGUACUCGGGAAUCCGUACGGUUACAAUUUCAAAUCACCGGGAGAUCGUUUUUACGAUACGGAUACGGUAAUGCUCCAAGGCGACGAGACUGCAGAAAUGUUGAGUUACGACGUGUCCUGUUUUUUGGGCUACACGUCGAUGGACGGUCAACCAACUUCCAUAAUUAAUUUUAAUGUUAUCGAGGUAGAACCAAACCGUACGAAGAAGUGUCUGGCACGUUUUGAGAGUACAGAGACCCCGGAGCAUGUCCUAUUGGUUGAUUGUUCAUUCUCGAUCGGUGUAGAGCUAGAAAUGUCCGGAUUGAUUGUAAAACCGACCGACAUCUAUAAUUUUCCAGACACACAUCAAGAGGAAUUAAGAUACUCCCUAAAGAACCUUGGCAAAGGCAUCCUGAGCCUUACUCAGGUAGAAGACGAUAAAAAUUCAUUGAAAAUAAAACCAGGAUUGAUAUUAGACACGAUAAAAAGAGCACAAGAAAUGGGAUACAGCUUCGUAUCGCGCUCUCGAUUUCCUCGCUACAUUAAUCCAUAUUCGACGGUGGAACUAUAUUCAACGUACAAAGCAAGGGGCAUGCACCUCUUGAAUACUGUGAGAAAAACUGACUAUACGAACGGAGAAUCGUACUGGGCGCAUGCUGCACUUUCGGAAGAUGGAAAGCACAUUGCUCUGAUAUCUUUGCAGCGAAUAUAUCUAAUAGAAAAACGUUGUAUAUGGGGUCCGUGGACGAUCGCCUGGACCGUCGAGAUGAAAGACCUCACGAAGGCUCCAACAGUGCAAAAGGAAAAGCUUUUUCUUCAUGUAAAUAAGAGCGAAAGUCAAUCGUCACCAUCGACCGACUGGUACUUGGAGAGCAAACACGAAGGAACCUUGGAAUGGCUGAAUCGCAAAAUAAAUACUGCCAUGAUAUUGAACAUGGAGGGCAGUAUCAGUCCACGUUUUGGAGCAUAAGAAACGUUGGAAGAGUUAUAUAUAUGUCUCAAUUGAAAACACAUUGAUGUAUAUUAUUUCAUUGAUUCCCUAUGCUACAUCUUGCCGCGUUUGCAAUGAAACGUCAUAGAAAAUCAACAGAGAAAUACUGAACGAAAAGAUCAUUUUUUUCACAACCCUCGUGUCCGGGCCCUUGAAAAGUUCGAGCUUCGACGAGGUCUCGCGAACUGUACUAAAAUACAAGAACCUGAACGAA